CUCUCCAGGUUUCGCAACCUAGAUAUCAGGAUGAGGUAGACCGCAUGGGUUCAAUUGGAGAUCAAUGGGGUUAAAAGAGAGUGGGUGGGUUGGUCGAAGCGUCUGCAGUAGAGUUUAGUUGGAAGGAACCGGUGCGGUAACGACAUGGCUUUUAUUUGUACAGUUCCUUUUACUACUCGGCCUAUGGAGACGAUCCCCGCACUGGCUCAAAGUUUGAUAGUACUCAAUAGCGUAAGAGAAGCUGAAAGAGGGCUGAUGGGCAGCAUUGUUCCUUGUCGAGUGAACGACCUGAGCUCGGUCUUGUCCGGGAUGUGGUUAGGAGCUGAGGGGGGUGCCAUUCAGAUUGUAGUAAUGAUCUAUGCGACUAAGCCGUCGGGCUCCACCGGUGUCGUGGGCAAGGUGGAGGAAGGCACGAGGUUCGCAGAGAAAAUUAGUCAAUGGCGAUGCGUAUUUAGCAGCAGACCCAGAAUCGAUGGCUCUCUGGCACCUUCCGCCCUGUCAACUGGUGCCUCGUUCCGGGCUUUCGAUCCAUGGAACGUCGCCAUAGUCUUACUCGACUCUCUUGUAUAACUGCCCUGUGCGGUUUAGUGCUGCUCGGCAAGUGUUGUGCGGUCAAGAGAGUGUU